CGCUUGCUUAUUUGACUCUGGGGAUUAUUUAUUUAUGCAACGCUGCCUGAAGCUUGACUACUAGGACCAGCAUGGAGUCUGCCAUUCGCUGGUCCCCGACCUCGUCGGCUACCGAUCAACGCUUCCUGUCCGUCGACGUCACGGGAAAGUCGUUUCGUCUAUGCAGAGUGACCGGGUUUGAUGGCAAGAACCUUCGACAUGAACUGCUCUCUACCCUAACUAAUGUCCCUGGUUUUCGCGCGUUUGACUGGUCUACCUCCAAUGAGAACCUGAUCGCCGUGGGCCAGUCGUCCGGAGAAGCCACUAUCCUACGCCUCGAUGGUGACGGCAAGGAGUCGCUUUCCUUCCCAGUCCGCAACCAGCGAUACUGUAAUGCAGUUGCAUUUAGUGCGCAUGGACUUGUGGCAUCGGGUCUCGACCGCGUCCGGAACGACUUUUGCUUGAACAUCUGGGAUGUCAACCAACGGCUCAGUCUAGCUGGUGGGAGUAAAGGGUUCACCGAACCAUUAAGAAAGCUUGCUAGCUCCGAGCCCAUCACAAGUAUCAAGUUCUUCAGAGAUCAGCCUGAUACCCUUGUGACUGGUGUCAAAGGACAGUUUCUUAGGAUUUACGAUCUUAGAGAGGGACUUGGAGCUCCAUCAAUACAAUUUCCCACUCGGUGUGUUCAUAAUUUGGCCAUUGACUGGCUGGAUGAGAACUAUAUAGCGUCUUGCGUGCCUUCCAACGAAAGCACCAUUUGCGUAUGGGAUCGUCGCGUUGGCUCCCGGCUGGCCUCACCAUCUUUGGGCUCUUCUGCUAGUGCGCCAGACUCAGGCCCAGCAACAGCUGCGCUUCAUUUCAAGAAUGUGUUCCAUCCGAAAGCUUCCAUUUGGAGCUUGCGUUUCUCUAAAACCAACCGAGGCAGUCUGGCUGCACUCUCCAGCACCGGACACUUCAAGCACUAUGAAAUUGCCAAAGACUAUUUGUUGGAGGAAUACCGCUCUUCUAUAGAUGACACUCUCGGUCAGGGCUAUUCCAGGAACUACCCGGAAUCAAUGUACACCAAACGCGUGCGAGACGUAUGCGUCCCCUUUGAUCAUCCCACUCGCGGUUGCAACGAGAAAGACCGAGUUGUGUCGUUUGAUUUCAUGAAUAUUAGUCUAUCUGUCCAACCAAGCGCUAUCGCACUCGAUGGCCGUGGGCAGCCUCAGAUUAUCACCCCACAAUUACCCUGUGCACCGGUUGAUAUGUCGCCGCAAAGUGUACUGGCUUGUGGUAUAUCAUCGAACGACUUGGAAGUGAGAUCAAUCCAUCCUCUCUCUGAGCAUAUUUCCCCGAUCUCAGAGCUGGUUGAAAACAUCCGAUCACGCGUCUGCUCAAGCUCACAGGGGCAUGAGGCAAAGCCGAAUGGUCAACUUUUCGCGCCAAAGGUUAUUGAACCCGACCCUGUUCCGAGCCGGGAAAGCCGAGAACGUGCUAUGGCUUUGGGAACUAUGGGCGUUCCGCUUACUGCAAAGGAAGCACUCACUCUGAGCGCUGUCAAUCAGUCUCGGUGUGGAGAGGGCUACCUUUUUGAUGAGGCUCGGAACCGAAAGGUAGUUUCUGAGGAUCCAGCUCUGCAAGACCUGUGGAGUUGGAUUGAACGUGCUCGCGCCGACUCCUCGGGAACGUCAAUGGUUGUCAAUGGCUUGGAUUUGAAUUACCUAGGCGUGAGCAAUGUUUGGACCAACGAUAUAGGUCAAGGCUUGGAGAGACGCUGCAUCAGCACUAAUCCCGAUGACCCGAAAAGCGUUUCGGCAGCAAUAACAUCUUUAGCUGAGAAACUGGAUCUUCCCGAGACCAAGGGCUGCGACACUGACUUCCCUGCUCAUCGCCGACUAUGUCUUCGUCUCUGUGGCGCAGCCCAGAAUUACCGCAAAUUGGAAGAGUCGGUGAAGAAACUAUCUGGCGAAGGGCAACAUACCAAGGCCGCUGCGCUGGCUGUCUUCCAAGACGAGCCCAAGUUGGCUUAUCUUGGGCUUCGAAGCAACCAGCCUACUCAAGCUCAUAAAUUGCUGGCGAUGGCAAUUGCCGGUGCUGCCAAAGGAGACAAUGGCACAGACUGGGAAGAGACCUGCGCGGAAAUUGCUACGGAGCUUACUGAUCCUUAUGCUCGAGCCAUUCUUGCUCUUGUGAGCAAAGGCGACUGGAAUGCCGUCAUCAAGGAGAGCACGCUACCUUUGAGAUAUCGUGUGGAGGUCGCGCUACGCUGGCUUCCAGAUGACGAGCUAACUGAAUAUUUGAAAAAUGCCACAAAUGAGGCCAUGUGGCAAGGUGACAUCGAAGGUGUUGUUCUCACAGGAUUGGGCCAUCUCGCCAUGGGCCUGUUCCAGUCAUAUAUUGGGAAAUUCAACGAUGUUCAAACCCCGGUGCUAGCAAUGAGCCACACUGUGCCGCGGCUUAUCAGCAACGAGAAACAAAUUGUCCAGUUUGAAGCCUGGCGUGAAACCUACCGACGCCAGAUCAACUCGUGGAAAAUGCAACUCGAGCGAGCCCGAUUCGAUGUGGGAUCCCGUCGCUUUGCUGUGACCGUGGACGGGCAAAAGCUUAUGCCUACGCCGCCGCAACAGGUCAGCCUGACCUGCAAUUACUGUACCAGCCCUCUCACCCAACUUGAUGCUUCCUCCCAGGUCUCCCCAACUACGAAAGGCGAGACCGUCCACCCUACUGUCGGCAAUCCACUGGCUCCCACGGCCAUGGCUGGAACUGUAUGCCCGCGCUGUGGUCGGCAUAUGCCACGAUGUGGAGUCUGUACCUUAUGGCUAGGCUCGCCAGAUCCGAUGUCUCGCGCCAGCAUCGCUGCUGAUGCAGAAGCGGCCUCCCGAAAGCCCACAGGUGCUGAAGUGAUGAAGCGGUUUGUGGUUUUUUGUAUCCAUUGUAAUCAUGGAUUCCAUGCACAUCAUGCCAGCGAAUGGUUCAAGCGGCAUAAGGUCUGUCCCGUUGCAGAAUGUAGUUGCAUCUGUGAUCGGUGAUGAUCUUUGUGCACCUCAGUCCAUGGACUAGAUGUGGCUUGCUCUUUUCUGCGAUUGUAUAUAUAUACCCUUUACUUCUUUUGAUAUU